AUGAAAAUGCAGGUUUGUUUAGUUUUGGUUCUGGUGGUGACGUUAGCUGUGGUGAAUGCCCAGGUGCCCCACUGGGGGUCAUGCCCUGAACCCUCCACCCAACCAAACUUCAACUUCAAACAGUUUAUGGGUAGGUGGUUUGAAAUCACUAAACUUCCGGCUCAGUUUGAGAAAGGUCGAUGUAUUGAGACAAAUUUUACUCUGAAGUUUGAUGGAACGGCUCGUGUUGUGGGUUCAGAAAUCCUAAAUGGUAAAGUGAAGAGAAUUGAAGGAACAGCUGUAGUUGAGGAUCAGAAGAAUCCAGCCAAACUCGGCAUCAGCUUUUCAUAUGUUCUCCCAUACACUCCAUACUGGAUCCUCUCCACUGACUACGUGAACUCAGCAGUGGUGUACUCCUGCACCGACAUCCUCCGCAUCUUCCACGUGGACUUCGCGUGGAUUUUGGGACGCAGCCGCUCCCUCCCCGCUGCCACCGUGGACCGAGCAAAGGAGAUCUUCAUCAAGAACAACAUCGACGUGAGCUGGAUGAUCACCAGCAAACAGGAGGGCUGUGAGAAACACCUGGAGAACCUGGACGCUGGAGCUUAUCUGUAGAACCACUGGUACUGGUAUUGGAACACAGCCCAAAUCUAUUCUACAGCAUCAUGGUUUUCUAAUGUGAGAGGAAAUUAUUAAUC